AUGGAUCCAAUCCCUUCAAAAUCUAGGCAAAGUGGUUUUGAUGUCUAAGCGAGACGAGACGUUCGUGAAGCAACAAAGUAUAUCGAAACAGCGUUGGUUAUCGAUAAAGCAAUGUUCGACAAGAGAAACGGAAGCACCAGGAGUGAUGUCGUGCACGAUUCCAUCCAAGUGGCUAAUAUUGCUGACCUUUAUUUUAGGACGUUAAAUACCAGGGUAUCUGUAGUUUACGUGGAAACAUGGCAGGGAGCAAAUCAGGCAAUAAUUAAUCCAAACGAAGACAUCGGAAAAGCUUUAUCUAAUUUUAACGAUUACUCAGCCCGAAAACUGUUUAAAGUAGACAAAGACACAACCCAGCUUCUCACUGGUGAAGUUUUUGUUGGCGGUGAAGCUGGAAUGGCAGUACCUGCGACUGUUUGUACCUCUAAAUCCGUGGGAAUCAGCGUAGAUAUCAACACGUAUGAACCUCAUUUGCUAGCUGGAACGAUGGCGCAUAUGAUAGGACACAACAUCGGAAUGGGUCACGACGACGGAAGGGAGGAAUGUUCGUGCAGAGAUUGGCACGGCUGUAUAAUGGCGCAAGCCAUCGUUGGUCAGGACAACGUUCAACCGUAUAAAUUUUCAGAAUGCAGCAAAGAAGACUAUAUCGAUAGGUUAAGGACUGGAAACGGAAUAUGCCUUUUAAAUAAACCAAACGAGCUUGCAGAUCGCCGAACUUGCGGUAACAACAUAGUAGAAGACGGAGAAGAAUGCGAUUGCGGAAGCAUCGAAAACUGCCACAAAAACAAUCCUUGUUGUGAUCCAAUCACUUGUAAACUGACCAAAGAGGCGCAAUGUGCCGAUGGUGUCUGCUGUGAAGACUGUCAAUUAAAAGAGAGGGGUAUGGUGUGUCGAGAAUCUACGAACGAAUGUGACUUACCCGAGCACUGUACGGGUUUAUCGGGGGAAUGUCCAGUAGAUAUGUUUAAGAAAAAUGGAAGCCCUUGCGAAAGCGGUACGGGUCAAUGCUUCAAUGGGAUAUGUCCAACUUUAAGUGUGCAGUGCGAGCAUAUAUGGGGAUUAGGAGGAAUUGAAGCGGACCCACAGUGCUUUGAACAAUUUAAUUCAAAGGGUUCAAUCAACGGUCAUUGCGGAAGUGACAGUAAUGGUAGAUUCGUUAAGUGUUCGUUAGAUAACGUGAAAUGCGGCUCGUUGCAAUGCCAGUUAGGAAACAGAUAUCCAGUAGUAGAAGGAUUGGACCAACCGCAAGAUCAUUCUAGGACUAUCAUAUCUAUCAAAGGUCAUGAAUACGAAUGCAAGACAACGGCUGGACGAAAGGACGUAAAUAAUCCGAAGACUUCCGAUCUAACGUAUUUGGGACUAGUCAGAGAUGGUACACCGUGUGGGGAAAACCUCAUUUGCCUUAACCAGACCUGCACUAGUAUAUUUCCCUACGUGAAACAAGAAAAAUGUCCUUCGAACCAACCCAUUAACGAGUGCUCUGGACAUGGGGUUUGCACCAACCAAAAUAAGUGCUACUGUGAUUCCGGUUGGACCGGCACUGAUUGCUCAAUUCAAGCAGAAAUGACUGAAACACCGCAUGCUACAACCACUCCAGACCUACAACCUACAAAUCUUCAAGACCAAAUGCAAAAGAAAGAGACCCCCUACGGUACGUCAUAG